AUGUUCCACGAGCACGACGCGCUGCGCUUCAUCCCGGGACGCGAGAGUCAGCAAACUGAGCCAGACGUCGACGAUGAGGCGCUCGAAGACGUCAUCAAGAGCAGGUUCAGAAAGUUUGUGGUCGAUUUCCAGUACUUCAAUGAUUCGAAGGGCAUCGACCA